AUGCUGCGUCAUGCUAAAGAGGGAAAGAAGGCAAAGGAGGGGCCCAAGGCCCAGAAGCUGGAGAAAGCCGUGCUCCUCGGAUCUUGGAGAAGCAGCUCUUCGGGACAGAGCAUUCUUCGGAGUCGGAGAAGUCCGCUUCGGAGUCUGAUUCCGAGGAUGUGGGAGAGAUGCUCUUCGACAAGUUGCUGGAGGGAUUGGGUGACGACUUCCCUGCAUCCAUUCGUAAGUCAGCACAGGAAGCCGCGCGGGAUGGGCCCGGAAGCGGAUGAGCAAUCCCGUAAAGGCAGCAACUGGAUUGGUGGAAUUCAGCUUGCCUGGACCUCGCCGCCAACGGUGCGGAAGGUGAAGUCGCACGUUCAGGAGCACUUCCCAAGGCCAAUCGAGCCCGGCGACACCCUGAGCGAGAUCGAUGGCUCUGCAGUGGAUGGCCGUAGCCGGCGAGAGAUUCUGGGCUUCUUGCGGAAGUUCAAGGGGAGCCUUGGCUUCAAAAGAGGCUUAAGCCACAAGAGCCACACAGAAGCCGUGAGGGAGUCUGCCAAGGAGGCCUGGAGGAGUGGACCCGAGGAGGAUUCUCAACACCCUUCCGAGGGGCAAAACUGGAUUUGGGGCUUCCUCCUGGCGUGGACAUCUCCGCCAGUGGUUCGGGAUGUCAAGCCGGAGGUUCAGGAGCAUUUCCCAAAUCCAGUGAGUCCCGGGGACUUCUUGCAUCAGGUUGACGGCAAGCGUGUGGAGAACAUGAGUCGCACUGAAGUCUUAAAGCUCCUCCAGAAGUACAGCGGCAGGAUUGGCUUCAGAAGUGGCAAUAAUGAGGAUUUCCGCAAGUCAGCACAGGAAGCUUUGCGCAGUGGCCCGCAAGAAGAUUCAGAGUCUGGAAAGGGAUGUGACUGGAUUGGUGGCAUCUUGCUUGCAUGGACCUCUCCUCCCGUGGUUCGUGAUGUGAAGCCGGGAAUGCAAAAGCACUUUGAAAAGCCAAUCGCUGCUGGGGACGUCUUGCAUGCGGUUGAUGGUACACGCGUGCACAACUUCAUAACAGAUCCUGCAGCUCCUUGA